UUGCGAAGAGCUGACAACUUUAAAGAUGAUCGCACUGUGUCUGAUAUUUCCACUUCUCGUAGAGAUGGCUGGGACUGAAUCCUCAUCCAUCAGUCAGGAGAUUGGUCUCAUUUCAGGCAACGUUGGAGACACAGUGGUUUUGCGUUGCUUCAAUGCAGGCGACAUGGGAAUAAUGUUCUCCUUUUACAAGCAAACUUUUGGAAAUAUUCCUCAGCUCAUCUCAACCAUCUAUAAGUAUGACAGGAAUGCAACAUUUUACCAUGAGUUUAAGGGUAACCCUCGCUUCUCAGUGGAAGGUGGCCAAGGGAAAAAUAAUCUAAUGAUCGCAGACGUGGAACCCUCUGAUUCAGGCACAUACUACUGUGGAAGUGCUUAUGGAUUCAUAGUGGAGUUUGGACAAGGAGUCAUUCUCAUCAUAAAAGGUUCCGGGUCCAGAAAUAUGCCUGUUAUACAGCAGUCUGUGUCUGAGUCAGUCCAGCCAGGAGACUCUGUGACUCUGAACUGUACAAUACACACUGAGACCUGUGCAGGAGAACACAGUGUCUAUUGGUUCAGACAUGGCUCAGGAGAAUCCCAUCCAGGAAUCAUUUACACCCAUGGAGACAGGAGUGACCAGUGUGAGAAGAGCCCUGAGGCUGGGUCUCCUACACAGAGCUGUGUCUACAACCUCCCCAAGAGGAACCUCAGCCUGUCUGAUGCUGGGACUUACUACUGUGCUGUGGCCUCAUGUGGGGAGAUACUGUUUGGGAAUGGUACCAAGCUGGAUAUUGAGGCAGGCGGGAGUGUAGACCCUCUUCUCUUUGUAUACUGCCUGGCCGUAACAUUGGCCUUUGCGUUUAUCUUGAUCAUUCUCCUUGCCUGCAUCAUUUACAAGAUGAAGAAGACAUGUCUGCAGUGCAGUGAACUGGUCUCUCAGACAAGAGGUCCUACAAUUUCCCGGUCAGAUGCAGGGAGCCAAGAUGCAGACAGUCUCCAUUACGUAGCUCUGCCUCUGAGCAACAAGAAGAACAGGUCUAUAAGACAGAGAGGAAACAUGGAGGAAGAGACAGUGGUCAUGUACUCUGGAAUUAGACAGUAGUAUCACGUUUCAGGUAUGACCCAGGUGCAGACAGUGUCGAAAAAACAGAGGGGCAGGCAAACGACAGGUCAAAGGCAGACCGGGUUCAUUAAUCCAGAGAAGGUGCAACAGGUUCAGAAUGGCAGGGGUCAAUGCAGUCUCAGGGUCAGGCCAGGCAGAAUGGUCAAAACCGGGAAGGACUAGGAAACAGGAGCAAUAAAUAGACAGGAGCAGCUGGUAGGUUUCAUGAACAAAACGAACUGGCAACAGAUAAACA